GGCAGGAACUCUUGCUUCACUCAUUCAUUCCGAUGCACUUCCGUGAAAGUCAUUGUUUAACAUUUUUAACUAUUAAUCGUCGUAAUCGUAAUCUAACGUCGAUUCUAGCAUCGUCUAUCCGCGAUCCGAAGAAGAAUCGAACUAUUGUCGAAAAAAGACACUGGCGCGUCUACUUUUAAUCAUGACACAAACCGUGAUGUUCGGUCAAGUGUACGCAAAUGUUGCGCGUAAUUUAUUUUAGUUACGAUUUUUAAUAGUGGAGCAUUGUUGGAAAAUGUUGUAAACGGUUAAAUGUGUGCUACGGAAAAUUUUAGGAUAAUUAAAAUAUUGCGUUAAGCGAUUAUUUUUUUUUUUUUUUUUCCCCUCAACUGAAAGGCGAAAAAUGAACGAAGUGAAAACUCGUGUUGUGAAUGGUACGAAUUGUUCGAAGCAAUUGAAGUUUGGAGUGGAACGGAUAUUGUCGGAUGAAAUUUCCACGAAGAAAACAGACAUACUCAGGCCACUUCCAGUACAAUUUUCGAUGGUGAGGUGCCCUUGUCCCGGAAGUUGCGUCAGAUGCGAAGCUCUUCGAAUUUGUCCCUCGUUUCCUUACGUUCAAACUUCCAUUUCCGCAAGUUACGGAAGCACCAACCACGGAAACAUCGAAAAUUAUACGAAUAUUUAUCGGCCGGCUCCGCUUCGACCUGUCCCCAGAGUUCCGAUAUCGUCCACUACCUCGACACCCACCAAUCAAUCAGAAUCCAAUACCAGAAGAAAGAGGUCGUGGUCGAGAGCUGUGUUCAGUUCCUUGCAACGAAAGGGAUUGGAGAGGAGAUUUUCCUUGCAAAAGUACAUCACGAAACCGGACAGAAGGCAACUUGCCGCCACUCUUGGCCUUACGGAUGCACAAGUAAAAGUAUGGUUUCAAAACCGUCGAAUGAAAUGGCGACAUACGAAAGAGAGCGAAAGCGCAGCUUUGUCGAAUCUUGAUUCUCAGAAGCAUUCGUCUAGGAAAUUAGGGAAGGAUAACGCAAAGAGUGAAAAGACUGCCUCGGAGGACGAAGAGGACAUCGAGAUCGAGGUUGAUGUGUGAACCUUGAAAAUGUACAUUGACGAUAUUUGACGCGAUCUAGUUUUGUAAUUUGUAACGAUAUAUUCGUAUGUUAAAUAAAAUUUAUACGUAAACAACU